ACUCCGUUUCAUAUCAUAUGUCACUAUACCGAUUUACUGCUACAAAAAGCCUAUUUUUCUGUUGAGACUACAAAAUCUAUUUUCUGAUCUCCAAUGGCGGAUCCGUUGCAGAUCUCUUUCGCCGGAAUAUUCGUCUGCAGCGCUUUCGCUGCCUGUUUGGCCGAGAUUUGUACCAUUCCUUUAGAUAUUGCUAAAGUGAGGCUUCAACUCCAAAAGAGAGUUCCUCUAGGUGAUUCAAUAGCUGUCCCAAAAUACAAGGGCUUGUUGGGUACAAUUACUACCAUAGCAAAAGAAGAAGGGUUUUUUGCACUUUGGAAUGGGGUGGUACCUGGUUUACAUCGGCAAUACCUUUAUGGAGGCUUAAGAGUCGGACUGUAUCAGCCUGUGAAGGCAUUCAUUUCUGGAACUCAUUCGGCAGAUGUUCCCUUAUUCUUUAAAAUAUUAGCUGCUCUUCUUACUGGUGCUAUAGCAAUAACUGUGGCAAAUCCUACUGACCUCGUCAAAGUUCGGCUUCAAGCUGAGGGUAAAUUGCCGGUUGGAGUGGCGAAACGUUAUAGUGGUGCUUUGCAGGCAUAUUAUGCCAUAGUCAAGCAGGAAGGAGUGGCAGCUUUGUGGACAGGGCUUGGGCCAAACAUUGCAAGAAAUGCAAUUGUAAAUGCUGCCGAAUUAGCUAGUUAUGAUCAAGUCAAAGAGACAAUUUUGAAAAUUCCAGGAUUCACAGACAAUGUUUUAACACAUAUCUUAGCUGGUUUAGGUGCAGGAUUCUUUGCUGUCUGUAUUGGCUCCCCCAUCGAUGUGGUUAAAUCUAGAAUGAUGGGAGAUUCAGUUUAUAAAGGCACUGUGGAUUGCUUCUUCAAAACAUUAAAAACUGAGGGAUUAUUUGCCUUCUACAAGGGGUUCUUACCAAACUUUGGUCGGCUUGGUUCGUGGAAUGUCAUCAUGUUUUUGACUCUCGAACAAGUAAGACAAUACAUCUUUUGGGGACACAAUUUCCACAUGAUGAGAAAAAAAGUGAAUAUCAAACUAGAGACUUCAAUAAUUGCAAUAUUUUUGGGUUUAGAAAGAGAGCAGAUUCAGUAUUUGUUUCCAAUUAUAAAUACCUAUCUUCCAUCUCUUUUGCAGGUGAAAAGAUUAUUUUUCUAAUGAUAAGUUAGAAUAUGUAUGUAUGAUCACCACCUAUUCUUUUGUUUGUUUGGCAACGAGGAGAGUCAGAUUUCCCAUAUCUAUAUAUACUGGUAACAUAAGCUCUUCUAGAAGCUUCCUUUUAUCAGUAACACAAGAGUAUCAAAAUAUACAUGCGAAUAUAAUGAUAUUUUUUGUCAUUUGGAAUCGGCAUUGACUUCGAUGGAGAACUUUGCUGACAAAUUCUGAAGCCAGAGAGCUCAUCUCCACAGCUUAUGGAGUAAUUGUUUUUGUAAUCGUGUUUAAUAUAUACUCUAGUAAGAGUCAUGUACGAUUGUAACAAUACAACAUUUGUAUUAUUAAAUUAUGUUAAUGCUCACUUUAUUCUUAUCAAUUA